AUGUCUCUUCACUGCACACUGUCUCUGACAUGUCAACAGUGUCAGUCAUUAACAAAUGCACCAUGCCAAAUUACUCAGACAACCUGUUCAAAUCAGUGUCUCGCUUCAACCAUUACUGUGUACACAAAUGGUGCAAAGGUGGAUAAAAAUAUUCAGACUUGUGGAGCACCAGACCUCUGUGUAAAUGGAAGUCUGAACACGGGAACAGUAAACGUGUCCAUUAACACUAAAUGCUGCAGUACUGAUCUCUGCAACACUGAAAAACUUCCAGAGCUUCCACAGCAGCCUUCCAAUGGUAGAAUGUGUUACACCUGUAAUAAUGACAAAUGCUCGGAAACAGUGAGCUGUACAGGAGAUGAAGAUCGUUGCAUCAGCGCAACAGUUCAACUAGGGGGAAUUAGUGUGUCUGUGAAAGGAUGUGUGUCUGCAAGUGUCUGUGCUGCAUCUGGAUCAUCAAGCACACCAGGAAUCAGCGUUACUAAUUUGCGGUGCUGUGAGGGAAAUCUGUGUAACAGCGCUGAGAGCUUCACACUGAGUUUCCUCCCCAUGAUUGUUCCUCUGCUCUCUUCCAUCUUCUUCUACUGAGCUCAGAGUUGAUGCACCCUAUUUAAACCUUUAUCAACAUGAAAUUCAAAUCUGUUUUGAAAAAAUUAUAUAUGGGUAAAAAUAAAAAGUGUGUUUUUG